AUGCCUGUGCCCGUACGGUAUACCCGUUACCUUCUCUUUGCCAUUGUGGGGUUUUUCCUUUUCUUCUUCCUCUUCUCCGGAACCUCCAUCUCGAUCCCUACCUCUCCGUCUAAACCUAUUAGUCCCAGCUAUGAAGAGUUCCGGGCACACAAAGUCCAGACCCCUGGUGCGAACAGCACUUUCCGAGUCAAUGCUACCUUCGUGACGCUGGCGCGCAACUCCGACAUCUGGGAUAUCUCCAAGUCAAUCCGCACCAUUGAAGACCGAUUCAAUCACAACUACAACUAUGACUGGGUGUUUUUGAAUGACCAGGACUUUGACGAUGAUUUCAAGAAGCUCACCACCUCCCUGGUGUCUGGUACCACAUACUAUGGCCGGAUUCCCAAAGAACACUGGUCGUACCCUGACUGGGUUGACCAGGAAAAGGCGCGCAAGGCGCGCGAGGAAAUGGGUCGCAAGAACAUCAUCUAUGGCGAGUCGGAGAGCUACCGCCACAUGUGCCGCUUUGAGUCUGGGUUCUUCUUCCACCACCCGCUGAUGCUGAACUACGAGUACUACUGGCGCGUGGAGCCAAACAUCGAGCUCUUCUGUGACGUCGGCACCGAUCCCUUCCGCCUUCUCAAAGAGAACAACAAGAUGUACAGCUUUGUAAUUAGUCUGUACGAGUACCACGAGACCAUUCCCUCGCUGUGGAGCACCGUGAAGGAAUUCAUCAAGGGCCACCCAGAGCAUAUCCCCAAAGGAAACGCGAUGGAUUUCAUCAGCGAGGAUAGCGGCAAAACCUACAACAAUUGUCACUUUUGGUCGAACUUUGAAGUCGGCAGCCUGGACUGGCUCCGGUCCCAGGAAUACACGGACUAUUUCUCGGCCCUGGAUCAGACCGGCGGCUUUUUCUACGAGCGAUGGGGUGAUGCACCCGUCCACUCCAUAGCCGCCAGCAUCCUGCUGAAGAAGGAGCAAAUCCAUUUUUUCAACGACAUUGCCUAUUACCACCCGCCAUUCACGCACUGCCCAUCUGAUGAACAGGCAAGACUGGAUCUGCGAUGCCACUGCAACCCGAAUGACAACUUCGACUUCCGGGGAUAUUCCUGCACCAGCCGCUGGUACAAGCUCAACGGGUGGAAGAAGCCCCCGGGCGUGAAGGAAACAGACUAA